AUUGCAAGAAAAGAUGCAACCCUUAAACACCAACUUGUGCAUGCAAUCCUUCUAUUGACACUCGUAUCUUGUCAAGAAUGGCUGCUUGCAACUUGGAAAAUUGGUCAUCCACACCAAAAUGCCUAACGCCUGGUCCGCCUGGAGGACAUGAUACAUGUACAUAAUGAUCUAUCCGGUGGAAUGGUACUAAUGGUGAUGAAGAUUCGCGGCCGAUAGAGAUAGAUCAGGACAGGAUAUUGACCAUUCCAUAAAAAUACUUUUUUUGGUUUUAGGGUAUGGGCCGGCCAUAUAUGGUCCCCAUCCAAUUACUCCAUCUUAUAUACAUGCCUGGGUAACUGGGUUACCUCGGAACCAAUCUUGAAAUUAUCGUGGGAUUUAAUGGAGUCCUCCAGAAUCUCUCUCCGACCAUUCAAGCUUUCCGAUGUGGAGGACUUCAUGUCAUGGGCUGGUGAUGAUAGAGUAACGCGCUAUCUAAGAUGGAACACCAUCACCUCUAGGGAAGAGGCCUUCAAGUAUCUGAAGGAGGUGGCUAUACCCCACCCCUGGCGUCGAUCCAUAUGUUUGGACGACCAGUCCAUCGGAUACAUUUCUGUGAAGCCUGAAUCAGGCGACGACAGAUGCAGAGCACAUAUAGGGUAUGCGCUGGGCUGGGAGUACUGGGGACAAGGGAUCGUCACAGUGGCAUUGAAGAUGGCUCUCUCUAUUGUGUUCAAGGAAUUCCCAGAUUUGGUGAGGGUGCAAGCCUUGGUAGAAGUAGAAAAUAAGGGGUCCCAAAGGGUGCUAGAGAAGGUCGGGUUCCUGAAGGAAGGGUUGGUGAGGAAGUAUGGGUUUAAUAAAGGUGAGGUUAGAGACAUGUUCAUCUAUGGCUUCCUGUCCACCGACCCAAUUCCUGAUUGAUGUGGCCUUUACAAAAAUCCUCAUUCUUCUGCUUAAAGAAUAUGAAUGGGGUAGACAGAAUAUUUUUUUCAGUCUUCUAUUCAGUUUUGCUUGUGCCUGUGGCGUGUUA